GAACGACGAUCGUAUUUAGUGAAUACGUCACGUGUCAUCGCUUCGAGGGUGACGCAGGGGACCACCACUCUGUCCUUACUUCCCUCGACUAAAGCCGUAUCCGGUCGACGAAGAGGAGGAGGAGGAGGAGGAGGAGGAGGAAGAGGAGGUCGCGAGUGGCCGACUUCUUCCUCCUCUCCAAAUACACGACACGCUUAUCCGGCCGUCCGGUUUUCUCGGUCACGGCUCGACGAAGGGGGAACCACGCAGGACCCGAGGCACGCUCGUUCCUACAUUAUCCCCACGUGAGAGCCAGCGGGCAGGCAUCGGGCCCGCGAUUCUUCUUCUUCUCCACCGCGUCUCCUUCCAUCUGAUGAAGACGAGGAGCGUGCACAGGCCGGAUCCAGAGGUCGGCGCGCCUCCACGAGCGCACAAUUUUUCGUCCUCUCGAGCAAAACGUCGUUGUUCCGCGAUCGUGUUGCCCGCUUCGUAGACGAGGAUACAAGAAAUCUCUAACUUCGAUUAAUUGGUUAAAGGGGAGACUUUGUUUGGGUCGAAGGGAUCGGAAGAUUUUUUGGUUUUCUUUCACUUUUUUUUUUGGGAGGAAGUUGAUGGGCGAAUGAUCGAAGAGGGAUGUUCUCGAUAUUCUUGAUUUGAAUUGAGGGUGGAGAAAUUAGAAUUGGAAAUAUUUUGUGUCGAGUAUUAAUUGGAUUGAUCGAAAUAGUUGGUGGUGAUAGUGAAUGUGGUUUUGUGGAUUGGAAGGAAGAGGGAAGGUUUUGAUGAGAGAUCGCGCGAGGGAAGAAUGAUGGCGCGAGGAUUGCUUUUUCUCACUGUGGCGUUCGUGCUACUAGCCUCGAUCGACGUGAGGGCCGAGAAGAAGAAUCCAAAGGACAAUGCGACAAAGCUCGAUAAUGAUCGGAAAGAAAGUAACGAGACGGAUGUCACGUUGAUGAGCGACGAUCUUAAGAACAGGACGGAUCAAGUACGAGAGAGCAGAUUGGAAAAGGUUCGUGCCCUGCUGAGCAACGGAAGCCGACAAAAUGGCAGCAGGGAGCUUGUACUACCCAGAAAUAUGGACAUUGUCAAGAUCGUAUCCGAUGAUGCCACUGGCGACGAGGAAUCGGUGGAAGAAUUACCCGAGCCACAAGAAUUGAAAAUCGUAAGGCCCAAUUUAAGGAAACGACCCAGUUAUCGACCACCUCCAAGAAGACCAGCACCUUUAAAUCGGAGGAACGUUUUCACAGAUAUAUCCAGAUCACCAUCCCUGAUAAGACCAUUUAGACGACCCACGGAAACAAAAAAACGAGAUCCAACCGAGAAGGAAUGUACUUUCUUCACAAAGACAGUCUGUCUCGAAGCUGUUGACUAUCCUCACGAGGCCAUCAUGAGAAGUUUGAGGAGCAACAAGGAGAUGGUCGCUGCCUUGUUGACUGACUACAAGUCGCAAGAUUUUGAUGACUCUGCCGAGACUCUUCCGGUUGCAUUGCCUUUGGAAAAUAAAUACGAGAAUCGGUACGAGAAUAACGAAAUUAGAAGGAGAUCAGAUUUGAAUCCAUCGUUCGAAAAUGUGGAAGAGGGUUUCACGUGUCCAUCGGUGAUCAAGUACGCGCGUCCACAAUUGGCAAGAGCUGCUUCCGGUGUUUGGAAGUACAUAAUAAACACUGGGGAGCACACGCAAACAUUGCGAUUAGAGAAAUGCUCGAAUCCAGAAACGAGCUGCGCUUUCAUAUCCGAAAAUUAUCGUUCUUCCUGCUCGCAAGUGUACAAUUAUCACAGGCUUUUAACGUGGGACAACAAGUUGGGCCUGCACAUGGACAUUUUCAAAGUGCCAACUUGUUGCAAUUGUCACGUGCACGGUUACGCGGAAAUUUUCCCACCGCAUCAAAAGGAUCAACCCGCGAGGAUCAAGGAAUCCUUUCCUGGCUCCGAUUUCAUAACCAGCGAGCAGAAAGACGAUUUCGAGGAAUCGUCCUCGAAGCUCAAUUAUUUCAACAAGUUUAUUUCAUCCAGUAAUUUCGAUUCCGGUGUCGUCUCGAGUAGCAAGAAGCCUGGGAUAGAUACUUCACCGAGUCGACCAACGUCGUUCACGCUCCCUGUAAGAACGAGACAGAACAAGAAGCCUUCGGCUACGAGUUCGAGGCCGUUCGAUAAAUUGCCCCAACAGCAUGCACCGAAUACCAGAGCACCGGGAUACACUGGAUCUUUAUUGAAAUCCAGACCAAACAGGGCUCCUCCCAAUAGGCCACCUUACAGAAGGGAGUCUUACAUCGAAGAUCAUACCGAAACUGUGAACAGCACCAUUUUAAACAGAUAUAGUCAACCGUACGAUUUGGAAAUGGACGCCACGUCGAGGCUACAAAAUGGCGGUUUCGACGACGAGUACCAGGAGCCGCAGAGGCGCGUCAAUUACAAUUACCAUCCGAUUAUCGAUUUUUUCAGACCGGAAGCGCUGCAGUUGCAGUCGUCUGAAACCACGUCGAUGUCGAUGGGACAAAACGAUUCCAAUUCGUGGAAACCGAUGAUUGCAUCCUGAACAACGUUCCCCAUUUUUCGGAGUACCUGAUCUUUUCUUUCUUCCCGACCAGUAAUAGAAGCGAAAAUGUUAAAGCGAAAGUAUUAUAUUGAAAAUAGAUAUUAUAUUUCGCAGCUUCGUAGUUUCAUAGUCGAUCUUACGUAAAAGUAUUCGUAUUCGUUAGUGAACGACUCAUUUCACAAAUGUAGCAGUGUCUUUUCAUCUUGAGAACAAUUGGA